AUGUCUAACUAUUACUAUUCGAAGACAUCCUACGACGAGUACAGCAUGCAGUCCGGUGUGAGCCCGCGCGGCAUCGGAUUCCCUGCCUACUACUAUCCUACUGCCUUUCAGAAACAGCCGAACUAUCCACUUAGUCCUCGUCAAGCACAGGCUAUACAGCGCCAAGCUCCCGACACCCUAUUCCGACAACCAGCUAAGGAUGGAGAUACGCAGCGGCAAAAUCAGUUGCGACCAAGUCAGCAACCGAUACGAAAGCAGCCAGAAGAACAUCAAAAGGAAAAGCUACAACCAACGCCAAGGGUUCAAAGUCCGCCGGGUUCUACUAGCCCUGGAAGCGCUAGGUUUGUCCCAGCAUCACGCAAUCAUAUUCCGGACAACUACCUAUCCUUUAUUGCUGCUCCCACUGGAAACAAAUUCUACGGUGAUUAUCCGGAGCUUGUUGGUGAUAGGUCCGCAACUUCUGGAGGAGGUCGUUCUCCGGAAACGCAGCGGAAAUUACAGCCACAGCAACACUCAGCCUUUGGAACGUUUCCGAAAAGUUAUCAGCCACCAAAGCUGAUCUUGCAGCAGUGCAGUGAAGAAAUUAAAUGUGGUACGUGCUAA